GCUAGUUAAUGUUCAUUUUCCGCACAUCAGUGGCUGAUCCUUCGAAGCAAAUAGACGGUUCCGAGGAAUAAGAAACGACACUCAGUGUCUUUAACCGGUUAAUGCGAGCACCUGAUGUGAAGUAUAAACCGCUUCAUCUCCUCCUCCUCCUCCUCCUCCUCCCUGAAUGGCUUCGUAGCCCUGAGGAAAACAUUGAUUUCCUGAUAUAUCCGCAGUUCUUUUUGUCAAUCAGAUACACAAGAAGUGAUGGCGACCAGUGCCAAGAGACCAUCUCUGCAGGGUCCUGUGCCACCUCCUCGCAAGAAGACCACCCCCAAACCAGAGCUGACCGAGGAGCAGAAGCAGGAGAUCCGGGAGGCCUUUGAGCUGUUUGACACAGAUGGGUCCGGAUACAUCGAUGUCAAGGAGCUCAAGGUUGCCAUGAGAGCUCUGGGGUUUGAGCCGAAGAAAGAAGAGAUCAAGAAGAUGAUCGGUGAAGUGGAUAAGGAUGGCACGGGAAAAAUCUCCUUCGCCGACUUCCUCUCUGUCAUGACACAGAAAAUGGCUGAGAAGGACUCCAAGGAGGAAAUCCUGAAAGCUUUCCGCCUGUUCGAUGAUGACGAGACGGGCAAGAUCUCAUUCAAAAAUCUGAAGAGAGUAGCCAAAGAGCUGGGAGAGAACCUCACGGACGAAGAGCUGCAGGAGAUGAUAGAUGAAGCAGACAGGGAUGGAGAUGGAGAAGUGAACCAGCAGGAGUUCCUGCGCAUCAUGAAGAAAACCUGCCUGUACUGAAGGAGGUGGAUGAUGAUGGUUGGUGAUGUCGAGGGGACCAGCGGUGGUUUUACAUGUAAUGCUGCUCAUGUAUCUUAUUCUGUGUCAAAAAUUCUCAAAACCCUUCAUAUUGUGUUGUGCCAUAGGUCACUAACUGUCACAUACUACACUGAAAGGAAAUGAUUGAAGACUUGAGCACAAAGUCUGGUCAGAUGCCAAAUUAUCCUCCUUUGAUUUACAUGAUAAUCUACAUUACAGUCGCCAACAACAGUGAGAGGAAUUGCUCUUUCUUGUUUGUAAUGCUGCAUACUUUUAUGAAGAAUACACCCAUAAUAUUAUUGAUAGUACAUAUAUUAUUUGUUGUGGAGAAACUCUCAGUGCCUACGUCGAUGCAGUGACAAACACAGUACAUUCCAAUGGUUUGACUAAUAAUGCGGUGUGUGCGUUAAGUUUCAUUCAUCUAUAGAUGGUUUGGUUUAUCCUUAUACCUCCAGUGUUUCAUGUCCUGGCUCCUUGUAUGCUGGUUCCCCAGAGAAAUGUGCAGUGUGAGCAGCUGGUUCACCGCUGAUGGCGGGGCGGUGCUGUCUCACCUCAGUGCUACCUGUGGAUUUGUGCCUGUGCCUCUUUAAAGGGGUGAUCAUCACAAUCAGGGAAGCUGCCCGACCUCUCCGACCUGCACGCCUUCCCGCUCUCUUUAAACUAUGUCUGAUAGUGUGUGUUUUUUUCUUGUAGCAUUGAGUAUUUAUCCCCCUGCAUUCUUGAAUGUUUUGUAUAAUGCAUAGUGACUUUGAUGAGUAUAUAUAUAUAUAUAUGGCAUAUAAGUGUUUAAGGUACAAAUUAAACAUAUUGAAGCAG